AUGUCUGAAACUCCUUUUUUUGUAUUUAAAGUAGUCUCUAAAACUCAAACUGAAGACUUAACCAACACUUCAGACAUAAUCAAGCUCCGAGGAAUAAUAAAACAUUUUUUCAAACUGAAUUCAACAGAUGAAAAAAACGAAAUUUUAAUUGAUUUCUAUCUCAACAGCUUAAGAUUUUGCACUUCUCACAGCUACUCAUUAGAAAAAACUUCCUGUCUUCUUGGAAUUUUUGAUUCCCUGCUCAAUGAAUUUUUAAAUCUCCGCAGCACUGAAGCAGUUUUAUUGUGCCAUCUUAAGCAAAUUCUUUCUCAGCAUUCCAUUCAGAGACCUCCAUACAGUAUUGAAGUAUUUUCUCAGCAUGAAAUAAAAUCAAUCAUCGAUUUUUACCACGACUCUUUCCUACGGCAUUAUAGUCUUUAUGAAUUUGCAUAUAGCAACCAAACAGACAUGAUGCUUACAAGCAAAACUGAAUUCAAUGGAAGAUUCCCUAUAGUUCUCAAUCUAGAAGAAGGCAAAGAAAUCGAUCCUCACUCCCUUGCUUUUUUAAGUCCUUAUAUAAAAGCUCAUGAGGAUGUAGAAUUAGCGAAAGAAGAAACAAAAACCAUUGAAGAAGAAUGCGAAGAGAUCACUGAUCAAGUUGGGUACAAAAUUGCCCAAGAAAUGAAGAAUUUCCAGGCAGAAUUCCAAGAAAAGCUGAAAAAACAAGACGAGGAAAUUUUUGCGAGGGUUGACAUGUGGUCAAGCAUAGGACCCACCCCACCCCACCCAUUCACGGCAUUGCAUCCUACAUACAUUUGCUUGAAAGUAAUAUAUAUUAUUUAAAAAGCAAUGUAGCUCUCCAGUUCUUUAAAGAUACCUCUUACUCCCCCCCCCUCCGUAAGUGAACAAAAACCAUUAGAAAAAAUCCCUAUUUUUUGCCCAAAAAACCCACCCUCCGUGAGUGAACAAAAAUUGUUUUAAUAGAAAAAUUUUUUAUGGAAAAAAAUUUUGAUAUAUAAAUGAUAAUUAAAAUAAUGAAAUUUAGAGCUAAUUCUGUUCAAUUUUAAACGAAUUGCUAUUUAAAACAUAAAUUUUAUAAAUUAAAUGAAUAUUUGCGUUCCAAUUUUUGCGAAUUAGGAUUUUUUUAAAUUUCGAAAAAAAAUUAACCCCCCUCCGUGAGUGAACAAAAUUUUUUUGUUCACUCACGGAGGGGGGGGAGUUAGGAGCUAUUUUAGCUUUGGUGCCUUAGAUGUUAAUUUUAAACUUUAGCAAGCAAAUAUGACUAAAAUCUUUAACAAAAUUCUUCAAAAUCGUAAUCAUUUGAUGAAUUUACACAUUUUAGCCUAAAGGUCAAAUAUCGACUAUCAAGUCAUGUAUAAAAGUGUAUAAAUUAUAUCGAAAUUUCUUUUUAAUAAAAUUCAAAUGGGAAAUAAUAUGCUAACAAAUAUUUUUCUAAAUAAGACAUUAGAUUAUAAUAGUUAAAUUAAUAGCUUAUAACUUAUAUUGAAAAUUUACUUCAGUAUUGCUAAACCUCUCCUUCUACAAUUAAAAUCAACUUCAGUAAAUUCUGCAUAAAUAAAAAUCUUUAAGAACAGACAAUCCAUUCAAGAAAACUAAAACUGCAAUCAUCAAUUUACCAAAUGCUUUACCUUUUCAGCAAAAGCGUCUUCGUAUCAGAAUAAUCUUCUCCAUCAAAAUCAUAUUCAAUACCAACUUCUUUAUCAAUGGGAUAUUCAAUUUAAUCUUAGAUUAUCAAUCUAAAUCCGCAAACACUACGUUUUAAUGAAUGACAGUUGGCUUCUCCAAAGCUUGCAACUGGCAUGCAGCACACACGAUCAAGAUUUCGCUACUUAUCCUAGCCUCUGCACUAAAUCAAGCUUAGCGGUAAUUUAUUCAUUAUUUGACGCCAAAGCUAAAUAAGAAAAUAUCUCAUAAUUUAAUCUAUUAUGGCCAUUUCCCUUGAAUAUCUCCAUAAGCGGAAUUACCGCAAAAAUUACAAUUUGCUCCAAACAAAAUAAUUACUUUGGUAAACCAAAUUUGAAAUCACAGGGUAAUUCACCUGCUUUUAGGGUUGUUUCAAGGAAACACCAAUAUUCCGAUGGUAGAAUCAAUGUAGGCAUGAAUUAUGCAAUUCAACAAUAGAAAUGCCAUCCAACUGAAAUAUCAGAGUAUCUCAUAGCUUUAAAUUAAUUAAAAUUAUUAUAAGUUAACAAAAAAAAAUUAUCAUUUUUAUUAUUUUUUAUUUUUCGAGCUCUUGCUUAGCAAUUUAUUCCACUGAUCAAUUUGUAUUUUUCUGAUAUCUCUAGUCGAUAUAUACCAAACUGAUCCUUGGGUAAUUGAGUCUGAAGCUUUCAAAUCGCAUUGAAUUUUUAGGUAGCCACACUUUAUUUCAAUAACAGUUGCAGGAUUUGACCAAAUAAGCCUUCAAUUUGAGAAAAUUGCAGAUUUUUCAAUCUUUAAUCAAUUUUUUAUAUUUUGAACUCGAUUGUGGAAUACAAUUUUAUCUCCUCGAGAGAAAAGUUUUUGUGUAGCUUCGUACUUUUGCUUUUUUUAUUUUCGACAUUUUCUUUAACUCUAACGAAUAAGGAUUGAUCUGUUGCGAAAAAAACUUCAUGAGGUUUAAACCCAGUGAUUGUAUGCCUUCUUUCUUUAUUAUAAAAGUUCAAUAUGCUGAAUAAACUUGAAUGGAUUUUUCAGUCUUGUUGGCUGUUUUGCUGUUUAAAAUUUCUUCAGAGAUAUCUGUGUAAGUAUUUAUUAAUAUUUUCUGCUGUGCCUUGAGCUCGUGGAUUAUAAGAUGAGCUAUGUAUUACUCUUAUUUGAAAUCUUUCACAAAAGGUUUCCAGAGACUUAUUCGCAAAUUCAGAUCCAUUAUCUGUCUGAAUAAUAUCAGGGAGUUUAGGCAAACUAUUAAGAAGAUGCUCUACAUUAUUCAAAACUAGUUCUGCAGUUUUUGAUGCAAUAGGAUAUGCUCAGGUAUAUUUUGAAAAGUGGUCAAUUAUUGAUAGGACGUAUCUAUAGUUUGUGUAAUCUUUAAUUUCAUCAGUAAGUUCGAACAAAUCCAUUUGAAUUCUUUCAAGUGGUCUACUUGAAGGUAUGAUAUUUUUUAUUGUUCCUUGAAUUUGUUUUUUAAAAAAUUAGCCCGCAAUCAAGGCAGUUUUCAUAAUAAAUCCUGCAAUCAUUAUGCACUUGUGGUCAAUAAAUAUCUUUAUCUGACAGUCAAUCAGCCAUUUGCCUUGAGGGUAUGUGUAUCCCAUUAUGUAUAUGAGCGAGUUUUAGCAGUUUAGAAUUUCCAUUUUAAAUGGCACUACUUUAUAUUUAGUAUUUCAUAAUAAUCGUGAGCUUGAAUAUAAAUUUGAUCCUUCGAAAAUCAGACUGUAGUGCUUGACCCUUUGUUUAAAAUUUUUUCUUUUUAUCUCUUCUUUGUUUUAAGUUUUCUAUGAGAUUAAAACUGGGAGGAUAGAUUUUUCGACCACUUAAAAGAUAAUUGUAAACAUCUUCAUAAGAGCAACCCUCUUGAUAGCAUUGAGGAAAUAAUCCAUUUUCCUUUUCCCUUUUUAUAGUAUCAGUCAUAAGUUUUGAUGCUUGAAAGCUUAUUUCUUUAAGCUUUUGAGGUUCCAUUAAAGAAUGAGAAAUUUUUGAAAUGCUGAGUGGGCUUCUAUUAAAAUUGCUUUCUAUUAGGGCAUCAAAAUGAUUGCCAUUAGUGUAAAGUAGGUGAAUAGUUUGGUUAGUAUUUUCGCCUGUUGAUAUGAUAAAGGGAUCUCGAAGCAUUUCAGAGUGAAUUGCAAUAUUUAAAUCAAAAAGCUCAGAAGCCGCAGAAAUUUCAAGGUCUCCUCCUCAAUAGCUUGGUUCUCUUAUAUUUUGGAUAUAUUGGUUAAUUGUCUGUCUAUGGUCUGAGUCUAGUAUAUCUUGAAGGGCUUCGUUGUACCUGUCUGAGUUUCUUUCGAUAUGAUCUGCAAUCAAUUGUCUUAUGGAGGAAUGAUUGCUUUGAUCUCCUGUUAGAAUUUGGGCUAAAGAUCUGUACAGACAAUUUCCAUCUCCUCGAAUAGGAACUAUCUCAAGAAUUGGUUUUUCACCAGCCUCAUCAAUUUGGAAAUUGCUUGGUUCUUCCUCGUACUCUGGCAUUUCUUCAGAUGAGUCAGAAUAAUUUGAAAGAUUCUCAUCUUCAUUAGGCUUUAUCCUUUUUGAGUUUUCAUCAGCCCCCUGGUUUUGAAUUUUUCUUUUAGACAUUUUAUUUUUAUAAAUUAUUUAUGAAGAUUAUAUUAUUUUCUUUAUAAAUUAUUUAUAAUUAUUAAAUAUUCUAUAUAGAAAAUUAUAUUUAAAAUACGAGAAUUGUGGCAAAGCUAUCUUUUAAUUUUGUAAGAAAUACCAAAUAUCAAAAAAAUUGAAAGUUAUAGAAUUUACUUUAUAUGCAUCAAUGUGUUAAAAUUUAAAGACUCUGAAAAAUAAAGGCCCAAUUAAAAGCCACUUACUAAUUCUCUCUAAAAUAUUAAAUUUAUUUUAUGGUGUAUGUGUGGGGUGUGUGGGUUGUGUGGGGUGUGUGGGACGUGUGGGUUGUGUGGGUUGUGUGGGUUGUGUGGGUUGUGUGGGUUGUGUGGGGUGUGUGGGGUGUGUGGGGUGUGUGGGGUGUGUGGGGUGUGUGGGGUGUGUGUGGGAUGUGUGGGGGUGUGGGGUGUGUGGGGUGUGUGGGGUGUGUGGGGGUGUGUGGGAUGUGUGGGGUGUGUGGGGUGUGUGGGGUGUGUGGGGUGUGUGGGGUGUGUGGGGUGUGUGGGGUGUGUGGGGUGUGUGGGGGUGUGUGGGGUGGGUGGGGUGGGGUGGGUCCUAUGCUUGACCAGACAUGCUUAAAAAAUAG